AGACUUUGUUCGGCUUCCGCGACUGUGCCACUUCACCUUAUUUUCUUACGGUUCAACCAGGUACGAUGUUUCGGUGGUUAACUAGUUAGUGGAAAUGCAUACGUAUAUACUUCUGAAAACAGCCUUUUCCUUCCUCCCCCUUCUCCUCUCCGUCCCCAUUCCCAUUCCCUUCUCCCCAUUUUCCUUACCCCAUCUACUACCUAUCACUAUUGUUGAUUUUUAUUUUUCCCAAUUCUACUUCGUCUGUCAAUUGACACAAAACCCUUAUCGAACACAUUAUGAAUAUGUGGGGUCUCGGUGAAGGUUAUGACUUGGGCCCAUGGGAUCCGGGAGUCAAUCCCUGGGUAGACAGGGUGGCAGGUGGCAGCUUUUCUCCGUGGGGGGCCGGGUAUGCCCGUCAUAAUGAUGGAAGAAGAGCUGUUGCCAAUUUCUGGAAGUCACCAGAAAAACGACACCGAUUCAAAAAGCUACCUCUGUCCUCCCCUAAAAAAAACUCUCUGCGAUCCCGAUCCCUCCCUAAACUCCGUUUCUUAUACCGACUGUUACGGCUACAGAUAUUGAUCGAGUACCUUGCCUUACCCAACCAAGACCGUUUACUGUUAUGGAACCACCCUCAAGCCUAAGAGACUUGUUUCACGAGCGGAUAUUGCAGUUGCAAGCGCCGAAGGCAGCUUAAUCUUUCCCCAUGUUUCGCCCAAAGCUCUCCAGAGAUGGAAGGAGAAAUAUCUACAAGUUGUUGAAAGCACGGAAAUACGGCAUGAAUACAAUUUUCUCGCUGAAAGCCUCGCAAUUAAAUGCAUGCCACUGGCAACGCAUGACUCCUUGCAAUCUUUUUUUAAUGAAACUGUUUUACUAUCCCUCGGUGAAAAACUGGGGGUGUCACAGGCUACGAGAUUGGUUACAGUUGGUUCAGGCACAAGUAUGUGAUUGAACAAUUACCUUAUAAACUCGUGCUAUCCACUAUCUCCGCCUGACCUCUAAUCUCUAUAAGUCCCUACAUCAUUCUAUCAUAGGUUUGGUUUGACAGGUUAACAGAAUUGCGAAUACCAGUCAAUAAGUGCAAGCAAACUCAGAAUACCCAUGCGUCCGAGUUGAAGUUGGACCCCUUCUUUAGGAAUUGCCUCUUUAGGUGUCCCACUUCAACUUGGCCUCGUGAGUACAGGCUUGCCUGUAUAAGGGAAACACCAAUCCUUCUUAGGAGCCUUUUUUGUCUCUGCUCAUGGAGAUUAGGUGUCUGGCAGAGAUAGUGGAUAACACGAGUUUUUACUGUGGUUUUUUGAUCUUGCUAAUUGUUUCUAGCAUUUACCGGGUUCGAGGGCGAUUGGACUGGAUCAUCCGAAAAGCUUCCAGAUGCAUAUGUGAAGCUGCGCGAUGCAGAGUUUCCCCGUGUAGUGUGCGAGGCGGGUUGGGCUGAAGGACAUGGGAAGUUGAUGGAUGACGCGCGCCUCUGGCUUCUCCACACCGAUGGCCAGACCCGAAUUGUGAUCAUCGUUUCGUUUACGGAAAGCACCAUAAAGCAUUCCUUGCAGGCCUCAAACAAGCAGCCAGAGGAGGAAACUCAACCACAUAAAAGUAUGAGUGAGGAGGAAACUGUGGUGGAUAGUAUUGAUAGUACAACGAACUUGAACGAUUUGGCUAAGAAGCUAAUCGAUCUUGAUCGAAGGGACGAGCUUAGGCAGCCUUUAGUUAGUAGCUUGAGGGCUACCUUGCAUGUCUACCGAGCGAGUAAGGAUGGGCGAGACAUCGAAUAAUCGUUUAGGGCAAUACUAAUUUCUGAGCCGGAUGUGGAUGGGGGAG